UCUCAUCCAGGAUAUGGGACAAAGGCUGAAUGUCUCGCAACUGACAAUAAAUACUGCAAUUGUUUACAUGCACAGGUUUUAUAUGUACCACUCCUUCACCAAGUUCCACAGAAACGUAAGUGUCGCAUUUGUACUGAAGCCCAGCUCCUGAGACUGACCCUGCGUUCACACUAGCAAGCGACCAUUCGUUUUCUUUGUACUUGCGAGUUUCUCACUUCUGUGCGAAUUAGAUGUGUUGGCUGUAAAUCAUUGAAUCCAAGUGAUUUGCUCGAAUGAUUUUUCAUUCACUGUUUGAUUGUUAAAAACAAAAAAAGUACAACCAUGGUUUCAUUUUAUCCUGUCGUAUACAAACUCGUUAAGCAUGUAUAUAGAAUUUACUAAGAAAACAGCUUGGGUCAUUGGUACCUCAGUGCAGACUAUGUGGUCUCUAAGGCCAAAACUAUGUGGAAACCUGACCAUAGACCCAUUUGUGCUUGUUCCAGGUUUGGACCUGCUUUCGCUGCCAUAAUAGGAAAGCUUCUGUAUAAGCUUCCAUAAUAGGAAGGCUUUCCACUAGAUUUAGGAGUGUGGCUGUGGGGAUUUGUGUUCAUUCAGCUAUAAGAGCAUUAGUGAGGUCAGGCAACGAUGUUUGGGUGCAGUUGGUGUUCCAGUUCAUCCUAAAGGUGUUCAGUGUGGUUGAGGUCAGGACUCUGUGCAGGCCACUCGAGUUAUUCCACUCCAACUUUGGCAAACCAUGUCUUCAUGGAGCUCGCUUUGUGCGGAGGGGCAUUGUCAUACUGGAACAGCCUCUUAGUUCCAGUGAAGGGAAAUGGUAGCAUUACAGCAUUCAGAGACAUCGUAUACAAUUGUGUGCUUCCAACUUUGCUGUGAUGGACAGGUGUUCGUGUACAGGGUGUCCCAAAAGUCUCCACAAAUAGGGGACUAUGUAGCUACACCAGCACCACGUCGGUUGUCUUAGUCAGUGGAUGUUUGUGGAUGUCCACUUCUCGGUUGGUCAGCAACGCUUCUUGUCUUUUUUAAUUUGUUAAUAAGUUUGGCAACAGUGUUGUGUAUGACGUGCUCGCCAUGUUUCCUGUUAAAGUCCAUCGCAACCUUACGACAGCUUCCCGAUCCAGCUGUGAGAAUGAUUUCAAUCAUCUCUCCCACCGCGUUAUUCUUGGCGGCAAAAGUCGAGGAGCAACCUCGAAAACUUGAACACGUCAUUAAAGUGGCGCACGCCUGUUUAAACCCUCAAGAGCCUCCAUUAGAUACAAAGAGUAAUGCGUACCUCCAGCAAGCUCAAGAGCUGGUGAUACUUGAAACCAUAGUGCUGCAGACUUUAGGAUUUGAAAUAACUAUUGAGCAUCCUCAUACUGAUGUUGUGAAAUGUUCCCAACUAGUGCGAGCAAGCAAGGAUCUGGCACAGACUUCCUAUUUCAUGGCUACCAACAGCCUCCAUCUCACCACGUUCUGCCUGCAGUACAGGCCCACGGUCAUUGCUUGUGUGUGCAUUCACCUAGCCUGCAAGUGGUCUAACUGGGAAAUCCCUGUGUCUACUGAUGGCAAACACUGGUGGGAGUAUGUGGACAAUUCAGUCACACUUGAGCUACUAGAUGAAUUGACACACGAGUUUCUUCAGAUUUUGGAGAAGACUCCCAGUAAGUUAAAGAGGAUUCGAAACUGGCGGGCAACACAAGCCGCCAAGAAACCGAAAACAGACGGCCCGUCAUCAGAGAGCAGCUCUUUUCCCGACUCCUCGUUAGGCCAGGACCACUCGAUGGUAGACGCCGUUUCUGCGAACGCAACCUUUUCCAAACCUUCAACGUCAUUUCCUAUUUCCAGUGGGCUUCCAUUGGACCAUAUUGCCAGCGCUGUGCAAGGCACCUCGUACACUUUCACAGCCCCCAGUGACUGGCCUCAAGACCAAGCACGCGCAGAGUCGUACAUUCUCAAACAGCUUCCACUGCACCCGCACCGGCCUGACAAAAGCGCCGAGUUCACCACUGUCAAACAUGAACACAAGGCCAACAAACACCAAUCUUCCGUGUUACCGCCUCCAGCCACGUCUCAGCCGCAGAAAAUGUCCUUGGAGAAGUACAAGGAGAAGCACGCGGCCGAAAUAGCGGCACAGAAACGCAGGCAAGAGCAGCCGAGCGCGGAAUCCGAGGCCAGAGAUUCAUAUGGGAGCUCCAGCCAGGUGGAGCACCGAAAGCCACAGCAGCCUUAUGCUCACGGGCAGCAGGGCUCGAGCAGCAGCAGUACCUCUACCAGCUCGCCGCUAAAGAUGAAACUGCCCUUAACAGGCCAGGAAAAGGUCCAAGGGGACAAACGGGAGAAGGGGAGCUCGCUAAAGCUUCGCCUUCCUGUCCAGGCUGAGAAAAGUGGAGCAAGUAAGGAGGAGUUGAAGAUGAAGAUCAAGGUUUCCUCAGAGCGCCACAGCUCAUCUGAUGAAGGAGCAAGCAAAAGCAAGCAUUCCAGUCCACUGGUGAGCAAGGAAAAGCAUCGGCACCACCAUAAACAUGGCCACUCCAACCCACACUCGCACAGCGGCAGUGGAUCUGCCCUCAGGAGUCCCAUGACCCUCGGCAGUGAGGGGGCCAGCACAGUCCAGGGCCCGAGCUCUUCACGUAAGAGGCCACACGCCGACGGCAGCCAUAAUCACCACUCAAAAAAGAACAAAAGCUCCAAGCCAGCCGCAGCAGGUGGGCUUCGGCCGUCUCAGCACGCUGCUGAAAGUGGACAAGGAGUCAGCGGAGAGCCGUGGUCCUGAGGGCACUAACGGCCCACGCGCACACUACAAGGACCCGUGCAACAUGCUUGAAUCUUGAAUUACUCUUAAGUGCCCACGGAAUGACCUUGUGAGCCGGUAGAGAAGGAACUCAAGGUUCAUCCUUGAGAGAAAAUAAAAAAAUAAUGUGACAGCAAGAUUAAGAGUGAAAAAUAUAUACUUCCUGAUCUUGUGAUUUUCUUCGCAGCUCGGUUGCGUGCUGCCAUAUUCCAUAUGUGUAAUUGCUGCUUUGUGUUCCAUAUUUCCAAAUGGAUCUCUGCGUGUGUGUGUGUGUGUGUGUGUGCGUGUGUGCGUGUGUGUGUGUGUGUGUGUGUGUGUAUGUGCGGUGUAUGGGGCCAUCUUGCUGCAAAUAAGUUUCUCCACAGGAUAAAAUUAAGAAUACUGUAAGGCAAGAAAGGUGCAAUUUUUCUCCCCGCUUUAUAAUUUAAAUAAUACUAGCCGUAGGACAUUGAAGAAUUCCUGCCCCCUCAUGACCUGACACACGUCCUCGAAUUUGUUUGGACGUGGUCAGUGUUGAGGAGUUAAAAUGACUGAUUUUUUUUUAAGUUGCAUAGUUGUAAACGCGCUACCUUUACGUUGUUUUCUUUUAAAUACCUUGUUUGUACGAUGUGCAUGUUUCAGCCAUCAAAGGGAUAAAGUAGAGCGCUGUUUACAGAGAGUGGAGAUAAAUGUACAUACAUUUUUGUAUGUUUAAGAAAAAAAAAAAAAAAAAAGCUAUACUAUAAAUACUCAGGUUUGGUGCUGCUUGUAUUCCUAUAUAUUGGAGAAGUUUGUGAAUUGCUAUAAGAAUCAGACCUUGUUGAUUCUAAUUGCAGCAUUUGUCGACAUGAGAGCCUGUAUUGCGCAUGGCUGUCAGAAGAGGGCACAGUCCAGCACCGUGCUAGGAAAUCCACCAAUCACCUGGCAUGUUGUCUGAGGCUGUGCAGUUUGUAAUUAAUACAAUUUUUUUUGUGACCUCCAAGAUGAACUUAAGCUGGAUGCCAAAGGCUGUGCCUCAGAAAAAAAGAGAAAUAAAUAUCAAAUAAGGACAAGUAUAGUACUAUGAAGUUUACAUAACCUUUGCUGUGAAGUGCAUUAAAAACCUUUCUUGGCUUGACUCUAUAGCCUACUUGUACAAAGCUGUAAAUCAAUAACAAAUAUGUUUGAAUAAUUAAUGUUGGAUAAGAGCUGACCAGACCUGUUUGAUCAGUGUUCAGUCUUUCAGUGAUCUGUUUCUUCCAUAGAUCUUUUUUUUUUCUUUUCAGUAUAUGCAUUCAGAUUUUUCUUCUGUGUGCAGCAAGCAAUUUGUGAAGUAUUUUACUUUUAGUCACUGAAAUACAGAUGUUUGAGCAAGGCAAGUGCAAAUCUUCACGUUUAGAUUAUUUUGUUCCCAUCCUCAUUUCAUUUAGACUCGCAACAAUAAAUCACAUGGUUUCCACUA